AGGAGGAGAAGACGAGAAGAAGAGGAAGCAGCCAUUCUAUUUGAUCAUAUGACGUGAAUUGUCAUUAGCAGUACGUUAUUUACAAUGGCGGCGUCUGUCUUCCACAGAGUGAGAACAGGGUCCAAACUUGGCGUUCAGUACAAUGAGGAAGGCCAGCUGAUUCAGGUGGAGAGCAGGGAGGAUGAGGAGCAGAGCGUGAAGCUGGCGGAAAUCCUGGAACUGUUGUUGGCUGCGGGAUACUUCCGGGCCCGUAUCAAAGGCCUGUCCCCGUUUGAUAAGGUUGUUGGUGGAAUGACCUGGUGCAUAACCACGUGUAAUUUCGACAUAGACGUAGAUCUGCUAUUCCAAGAGAACUCCACCAUUGGUCAGAAAAUAGCCCUGACAGAGAAAAUAGUUUCUGUUUUGCCAAAAAUGAAGUGUCCUCAUCGCCUUGAACCCCAUCAGAUCCAAGGCUUAGAUUUUAUUCAUAUUUUCCCAGUGAUCCAGUGGUUGGUGAAGCGAGCCAUAGAGACCAGAGAAGAGAUGGGAGAUUAUGUGAGAGCAUUUUCCAUUUCUCAGUUCAAGAAGAGCCACACCUUCCCUGAGGAUAAAGAAUUUCUCCAGAGAAAAGACAAAGCUGUAAAAGCAGUUCUGGAUGUACUGGAGGUGUACAAACCUGAGAGAAAGUACCGAAGGCAGAGGGAGGCAGGGAUCCUCCUGGAUGAGGAAUCCAGGGUCCACUCCACUCUGCUUGAAUAUGGCAGGCGUUAUGGCCUCAGUAAGCCGAGUAAACAAAACAAGGAAGAUGACGGGAAGGUCGGUGGGUCUCAGACGAAGCCUGCUGGGAUUGCAGAGGCUAUGGAGGAAGAAAAGCUGCAAGCAGUCGAAGAGAUGCGGAUUAAAAACCUGAUGACCAGUAUGGCUGCCAUGGCAACUGGAGAGGGGAAGCUGACUGCAAGUGCUGUGGGUCAGAUAGUUGAGCUCCAGUCCAAGGAGAUCAAGCUGAUUGCUUCUGAGUAUGCUGAAAAGCAGUUGGAGCUUUCUUUAGAGGAGCGCUCAGAGCGAUAUGGUCCAUUGCAGCAGCACCGCCGGGCCGUUGCCUCAUUGAACAAACAGAUCCAACAAAAGAUUGAGCAGCUGGAAGAGCUGAAAGCCAACCAUGCUCAGGUGAUAGCCCACAAUGAAGAGGCAAAGAGGAGUCUCAUGGAGGCUACAGAACACUCAUUAAAACUGGAGAGGGAGAUGAAGUCAUUAGAAGAGAUGGAGAAACAAGCGGACAGUGGCCUGCUAGAGAACCUCAGGGCUUUGGUGAUGAUGAAUGAGAAUCUAAGGCAGCAGGAGCUGCAGUUCCGCACACACUGCAGGGAAGAGAUGUCCCGUCUGCAGCAGAAUAUUGAAGAGCUGAAGUCAGCUUCAGGACAGGACACAGAGGAGGAGCAGGAGAGAAGCAAGUUAAUAGACCAUCAGUACAACUCAGACCGAGAGAAACUGCAGAAGAUCCGACUGCUUAUGGUAACCUGCACUACAGCAUUACGUAGACAUCAGCAUUAGAUUGCCAGCAGCAACUAGUGUCAGCAACAUUCUCUUAAUUC